AACGGGAAUGCCCUCGGCGCCGCUGCUGCUGCUUGUGUUGGAGAGGAGAGUCUCCUUUAACAAACCUUGUCGCGUCACCGGGAUGCGGCUGCUGGCCCGUCUUCUUCUCUUCUCACCACCACCACCAGUCCGCGCCUAAUUUCAAUGAUGACAGCCCCGAACCAACAGCGUUUCCUGAUCUUAUUCGACUUUGACGAGACCAUCAUUAACGAGAAUAGCGACGAUGCCGUCUUACAGGCUCUGCCGGAUCAGCAGCUUCCCGAUUGGCUGAAGAGCAGCUACCGCGAAGGCCACUACAAUGAGUACAUGCAGCAGAUUUUGGCCUACAUGUCUGAGCAGGGUGUGUCCCCCGACGCCAUCCACUCGGCGGUGGAGAGGAUCCCGCCCACUCCUGGCCUCCUUAACCUCCUGCAGUUCCUCCAGAGCCACCAGCAGGACUUUGAGCUAGCGGUGGUCUCGGACGCUAACAUGUACUUCAUCGAGACCUGGCUGAAGCACGCGGGGGUGCGCCACCUCUUCAGGAGGAUCUUCACCAACCCGGCCAGCUUCGACGCCGUUGGCCGCCUCGUGCUCAUGCCUUUCCACACCCACUCGUGCCCUCGUUGCCCUGACAAUAUGUGCAAGCAGGUGAUCCUCAGGGAAUACCUGGCUCUCCGUCAGAAGGAGCGCGGCGGUGCCCCCUUCCAAAGAGUCUUUUACAUUGGAGAUGGAGCCAAUGACAUAUGCCCCUCCAUGGCCCUGGGGCCCCGGGACACAGCCUUCCCCAGGAGGGACUUCCCCAUGCACAGGCUGCUAGCAAACUCCCAGGAAGGCAAGUUAAAGGCCAACAUGGUUCCUUGGAGCAGAGGCCAGGAUGUGGUGGAUGGUUUGAAGAAAAUCAUGGAGGAGAGAUGAUGUCCGAAGAAAACAACAACUGUAACAAAAAGGUGCUCACAUCUCACAGGAUAUCAUCUAAAGAUAUCCAGUAAUAUAAACAUUAACAAACUGCCACUGUUUUAAUCACUGAGACAUACUAUAUUAUUGGUUUGCUAUUAGUAUUGCAAAUGCUAAGCUAAGCUACCAUAUUCAUUGUACAGUUUCACUCUUCAUGAAGCGAAAAAGAGAACUAGCCCCCCAAAUGUUGUUUUUUUUUGUAUUAAAUGCAGAAAAUCUGCAAUCAAUAAUAAUAUUAGUGUUUAUCACUUCGUUUGUUAGCUAGCCAGGCUACUUCAGGGUCGGACCACAGGACCGUACCAUUCUUCCCCUCAUUGGGGGAAUGGUUUGACUGUGAGUCAAACAGCAGAAGGAGAAAAUAUUUCUCCUCGCAAAAGUGAAAAAAAUAGUAAUUAGUUUAUUUGUUAGCAAGCAAGCUACUUCCUGGAUUACAGACGAUGACUUAGGCGAAAAAAUGUAAAAUAUACAUAUUUCUUCAAACAGAAGUAAAAAAAAAUCAUAUGUGACGUCUGAAAUUAGCCUUUGUCUGUCUGUUUGUUAGCAAACAUGCUACUUCCUGGUAAGAUGACAUGGACAGUUUGUCCUGGGUUAGAUGUAAUUUGGUCCUUUGUGACUUAGGCAACAAAAUGAAAAGAUAGAUUUUUUUCUAAUAAAAGUGGAAAAAAUUGUGACGCAUCUUUCGGACACCUUUAUUUGUUACUAUUGUAUUAUGUUUUAUUUUCAUUUAGUUAAUAUUAUUUUAUUAUUAUUAACUAAUUAUUUUUAUUUAUUUAUAUAUGUUAUAUUAAUUAUUAUAUAUGUGAUUUAUAUAUUUUUAAUUCUAUAUAUUUAUAUAUAAUUAUAUUUAUUUCAUUAAUAAUUAUUAAUUAUUAGAUUUAAUAUUAUUUUAUUAUUAUAUUAUAUAUUGUAAGUAUUUUAUUAGCUUUUCGUACCUUACCUGAUACUUUUUUUUAUUGAUUAGAGAAAAACUGGCUACUGCCUGGUUCACGAAAAAUGACGUAAGAAAUUAGAAUAGAUGAACUGGUGUGUAUCGUUUUUCAUUCUGAGGCAAGGGGGAACGAUUCUGUCAUCAAACAGGAAAUGACCAAAUCCUGCUCGUUCACAAAGCAACACCUAAUAACACACCACCCAAAUUAUGACACACAGAGAAUAGUCACUUUCCAUGAGUUCUUUUUGUAAUUGUAAUGUAAUCAAUUACCUUGUAUCCCAUAAAGCAAUCAAUCACGCCUUUAUCUCAGCAAGGUGAUUAAUUCAGAAAAAAAAACAUUUCAAGGAAGGUCCUUGUAACUCUGAGGACCGUUUAAAGUCACGCUAGACGUCCCUCUGUGUCUCCUUUAAGUGAAGAUCAGAUGUUGCCUUUGAGGUCAGGUGACAGCAUCGCUGAUACCUAAUCUAAAGACAAUCUAGGAUUUAAUGAUACACAUGUAAUCUACACCACACAUAUAGGCAACACCAGUGUUUGCACUUUGGCCUGGUACUAGCAUGCUAACUCUAACGAACACGUGUGCAGUAUUUAACUAUUUGUUUUCCAAAGUAUUGCAAUACUACUAAUAAUAUGUUGUUAAUGUUUUUAAUGUAUUCUGCGAUGCAAAUAUAGUACCUGAUGUCCCUCAUAACGUGUCCCGUGGUGUACAUCAUACUGCACUUUAAUCUGUUGAAAAGCAGUCCUAAUUAAUGAAUAUAUGAUGUAUUUUUUUAUUAUUUAUUUUCACAAAUGAGUAAUGUUUGGAAUAAAAUAACACACCUAAAGUCAAUUCUGGGCUUGAUGUGCAAUAAUUACUGCAAUAUAAUGUAACAGUGCUAUGGAUAAAUAAGGGAAUAUAUUUGUAAGGGAUGUACGACUCACUCACCUUUUUAUUUGAUUUGCUUUGCUGCAUUUUUAAUGAUAAAACGUGUGUACAAUGCAGCAAGGUAAGAGGAAUAUGUAACAAGGAAUAUAAAGCCAUCAUGUCACCAACCACUUCCUCAUGUCUGUUUGUUCUAAUAUCAAUUUUAGUCCCUCAAGGUAUCCCAUUGGUCAAAUGAUUGGAUUGCGAGGUAACUAUUGGUACAUUUUGCCAUGGCUUCCUCAAAGCCAGAGCCAGACAGUGAAGACAAUGGACAUUAGGACAGUUGUCUGGAAAUAAAGAGGAAAUAAAAAAAACAGCACACUGAAAUGUGAUGACGUGUUAAUGUGUGCUUGAUCUGGAUGACACGGACAUGUGUGACUCUUGUGGUUUGGGCAGAUAACGACAGAAGAAGGCACUGGGGCUGGAUGAUAAAAACAAUGUGUACGCUUCAAAACAUAAGUGUUCUUUUGUAUGAACUAUGGCAGGUCUAUUCAACUGGUGGUCCGUGGGCCUAAUGUGGCCCGUGAAUAACAUCAGACUAGUC